AUGUCGACACUCCUGCCAUACAAUAGCAGCCAACCACGGGUUGUUCCUGUUCCUCCCGAUGUCUCCAUUCAUUGUUAUGAUUCCUUCCUUCAUAUAGAACGCCAGUCAAGACAGCUACAGCGUGAUCUCCAAACUCUCCUCGAUGCUCAAAGUGUGGGAUUAGCUGCUGGUCUCUCCGGCUCGACAAGAGAUGAAAGCACGUCAAACGGCAGUUUAACCCCUACACCUUCACCACCUUCACGGUUCGGUAGCCUGCGCAGCAAUACCGUCACCAUUCCCGUAAGACAGCCAACGAAAAAGAAAAUUGGCCUCCGCGGUGCACGACGUGGGAUCCUUAAAAUCAUUCAUAUGUUACUAAGCGUGAAAGAGGAGGAGCGGCGACUUAUUGACUCCGAGCUGAGGGAUAGGCGGUCAGCAGUGAAGGAAGUGGAUACGCUCGUGAGCAAGCAGAGAGGGUUGGAGAAAGCUAUCUCAGAAAUUCAAACCCAAGAGGGGCCAUUAAUGGCAGAGAGCCUAAUGCGGGAGGCCCAUACGCUAGAAUCGAAGAUUCGAGAGAUGGAGAUGAAGCUACAGGAUAUGAAAGCGCGACAUCGCCAUAUUCUGGAUGAAGUAUCCCAGAUUCAAAAUUCAGUUGAUGCCAAGUUAUCGUCGUAUAAAGCCUCGUUGGCAUUGGUGCAGGCAGAUAUGAAAAAAUAUCUACAGUCCCCGCCAAUACAACCUCUUGUGCCUCCGUCUGCUACUCUACCGCCGUUCUAUGCGUUGAAUCCGAAGCGCAGGACCCUUGAAAUGGCGAAGGAGCAGUGGGUUGUGGAGCAGAGUGAGCUGAGAAGCAAACGGCGGAACGUCGACUUUGAAAUCGAGGCUUUGAGAGAAGGUGGUGGAGUAUGGCAAAGGGUUGUGUCGGAGAUAUCCAACUUUGAACAACUGUUGCGACAAGAAAUGCGGAAUUUGCUGCAAGAGACGCAUCUGCCGGAGUCCGAAGACCAAGACUCGGCCAGAGAGGAGCAUGGACGAACUGUUUUGAAUGAACUAGAAGAUACACUUAUUCAACUGGAAACAAGCUUACAGCUAGCGGAGCAAAAGAAUUGGAAUUUACUCAUUUGCUGCAUUGGCGCCGAGUUAGAGGCUUUUCGGGAAGCUAAACGGCUGCUGCUCGAAACUUUCCCAUCGCCAAUGAAGGUAAAUGGUAUGGAACAAGAAAAGGAUCUUGAUCCAAAUUCUGGUGAGGAUACAUCAGCACCUUCUAGCAAGAUAGAGGAGUUGAGUGCACCAAGCUUGCUUACAGUGGGUGAAGACACAGCCGCCCAUUUUGCUGAGCAGUCCAGCAGAUCCGAGGAUGAUGACGAGCCUGAUCCCGCUUGGCUACUGUCUUGA